UCCAGCCUGGGCAACAAAGUGAGAGUCAAAAAAAAAGAAAAUCAGGAGUUGUACUCUGGGAAACAGCAAAUAAGGGGCUUCAAGGAGGUAAAAACCAGUCAUUGAACUGUUACAACAGCCCUGAGGCAACACAGAAUUGUAUUCAUUGCUUGCCCAGGUCAGACUGUCCCAAGCACUGUACAGGAUGUCCCGAGCACUGUACACUGUGCUGGGAUGAAGUGUUUUGCUUGUUUUGAGAAAAGGGUUGAAGAGACCAUUGUUUCCAUUCUCCUGUCCCUAGAAGUGUUUCCCCAAAACAUUCUAGACUCAAGUUCCUCCUAUCCUAUAUGUCAUGCAGGAAAGGAGCUUCUGCACAUGUUAGGGUGGGAAGUUCAUCCUUUCAUCUAAUUCACAGCUGUCCCUCUGUGUUUCUGAGAAAGCAAAGAGAGGGGGGAUACUUAGAGGGAAUUUGGCAGCACUUUCCCCUGGGCAAGAGCCUUCUCUUUGGAGCUAACAAGCCCUGAGAGUCCCAGGUGCAUGCUGAACCCCCACAGCUGCAGAAAGGGCUCAGAUGGACUGAACACAACCAGCGAUGACCUCGACUGUCAGCAUCCCCAGCAUAAGCACAGAGUUGGGCACCUGGGGGCAGGUGAAUUGGCAAAGGAUUUAAAGACCCUGAUCCCAGCAGUUCCUAAUGCAUCACCCACAUUGACAACUCAGACAGUUGGUGGGUGAGUCUAGAGUUUAUGGGUAGAGAACAGGACCCUCCACCCAAUCCAGACCUGUGCCAUUGAGACUGGGGUGGGAUGGAGUUUUGUGGUCUUGAGACCAGGUCAUCCCUCUCUUCCUGAGUACUACCCCCUUCCCCAGGGGGCAGCGGUGACAUGGGACAGAAUGAAUUCACCUCUUACACAUUUGUACCCGGGGCUGUGGGCAAUGCAGUGAAAGGAUCUUACAUGAAGUCCUGGGCAACUAGCAGUAUCCAGCAGAGAAGACCCUUCUCAGGGACUGGAGGUCUGUUCCCCUCCUGGGGAAAUGCUGACUUCCCAACCUCACUGCUGGUGACUUACCACUGUGCUGGCCUCUGCCCCACUUGCCCUCUAACAUGGCAGUGAGAGUCCCUCUUAGGGUUAACCAGGUGGGUUGUUUUUUGCUUUGUGUUUGUUUUCCCGAUCUUCAGUUUGGAGUAAAAGUUAGGCAGGCUGUUUAGUAGUGAUGAGAGGAGGGCAUGAUUUCAGCAUGACCUUUUCCCCUCUCUCUGUUGUGCUUUACAAUGAAAAGCUCUGGAACCUUCUCCCCACACAGUCGGAUCUCCGGAGGGACUUCAGGGAUCCGAACAGUGUGGGGCUCUGCAGUCGGACUCUGCAGGGAUCCGAACAGGGUCGCUGAGACCAGUGCACGAGCCUCUUCCGAGGAUGCAUCCUGGACUCUUGGCCGCAGAGGAGGAAGCGGCUGGGGUCUCCCAAGGACUCUUUCUAAAGGGUCAGUCCAGCAUGGUAGGGGUUAACGUGGGUCCGCGCGUAAAGGGAAGGAACGAAGUUGGAGUUGACAGUUCAGGGGGGAGGGUGGCGGACGGGUCUCGCUGCCUGAUUGGUUUUGCAUUUCAUCCCAAUUUUUUUUUCUCCGCUCUCUCCCUCUUUUCAGUUUCUCUCUCUGAUCCCAGGGGAGGGGAAACGGGAAUAGUGAGAGAUCAAAAAUAAACCUCUUAUGUCAAGCCGGGAAGGAAGUAUAAAUAAGAAGGGCUCGGCAGCCCACUCGGUGCUUCCCGGGGCGGGGAGGAGGCAGGAGGCGGCUGCGCGGGGCUGGCGCGGGCAGGGGCGGAGGACGGGCGCACGCGGGCCGGGGCCAGCUGCUCGCGCUCGGCUCGGGGGCGGCGGCUCGGGAGGAGCGGGCUGCGCCAGCCAGAGGGGCCGCCGGGGGAGCGCUCCCGCCGCCGGGCCCUGCGGGCCGAGUCGGCCUUGCAUCCGAUUGAUUCCGCUUUUCCUGGAGAGAGCGGCCGGGCCGCGCUCGGCCAGCCAGCACCUGCCCGCGCCUGGCGGGCUUCUUCCCUCUCCCGCGCGCAGUCACCGCCGCAGCCCCCAUGCUCCCCGCCCCCGCCGCCCCCCGGUGGCCUCCGCUCCUGCUGCUGCUGCUGCUGCUGCUGCCGCCGCUGGCCCGCGGCGCCCCGGCCCGGCCCGCAGCUGGGGGGCAGGCCUCGGAGCUGGUGGUGCCCACGCGGUUGCCCGGCAGCGCGGGCGAGCUCGCGCUCCACCUGUCCGCCUUCGGCAAGGGCUUCGUGCUGCGCCUGGCGCCCGACGACAGCUUCCUGGCGCCCGAGUUCAAGAUCGAGCGCCUCGGGGGCUCGGGCCGGUCUACCGGGGGCGAGCGGGGGCUGCGCGGCUGCUUCUUCUCCGGCACCGUGAAUGGGGAGCCCGAGUCGCUGGCGGCGGUCAGCCUGUGCCGCGGGCUGAGCGGCUCCUUCCUGCUGGACGGCGAGGAGUUCACCAUCCAGCCGCAGGGCGCGGGGGGCUCCCUGGGUCAGCCGCACCGCCUGCAGCGCUGGGGUCCCGCCGGAGCCCGCCCCCUCCGGGGAGGAGGAGGGUGGGAGGUGGAGACGGGAGAGGGUCAGAGGCAGGAGAGAGGAGACAACGAGGAGGACAGCGAGGAGGAGAGCCAAGAAGAGGAGGCAGAAGGCGCUAGCGAGCUGCCACCGCCCCUGGGGGCCACGAGUAGGACCAAGCGGUUUGUGUCUGAGGCGCGCUUCGUGGAGACGCUGCUGGUGGCCGAUGCGUCCAUGGCUGCCUUCUACGGGGCCGACCUGCAGAACCACAUCCUCACAUUAAUGUCUGUGGCAGCCCGAAUCUACAAGCACCCCAGCAUCAAGAAUUCCAUCAACCUGAUGGUGGUAAAAGUGCUGAUUGUAGAAGAUGAAAAAUGGGGCCCAGAGGUGUCCGACAACGGGGGGCUUACACUGCGCAACUUCUGCAACUGGCAGCGGCGUUUCAACCAGCCCAGUGACCGCCACCCGGAGCACUACGACACGGCCAUCCUGCUCACCAGACAGAACUUCUGUGGGCAGGAGGGGCUGUGUGACACCCUGGGUGUGGCAGACAUCGGGACCAUUUGUGACCCCAACAAAAGCUGCUCCGUGAUCGAGGAUGAGGGGCUCCAGGCAGCCCACACCCUGGCCCAUGAACUAGGGCACGUCCUCAGCAUGCCGCACGACGACUCCAAGCCCUGCACGCGGCUCUUCGGGCCCAUGGGCAAGCACCACAUGAUGGCGCCGCUGUUCGUCCACCUGAACCAGACGCUGCCCUGGUCCCCCUGCAGCGCCAUGUACCUCACGGAGCUCCUGGACGGCGGGCACGGAGACUGUCUCCUGGACGCCCCUGCCGCGGCCCUGCCCCUCCCCACAGGCCUCCCGGGCCGCAUGGCCCUGUACCAGCUGGACCAGCAGUGCAGGCAGAUCUUUGGGCCGGAUUUCCACCACUGCCCCAACACUUCUGCUCAGGACGUCUGCGCCCAGCUUUGGUGCCACACUGAUGGGGCCGAGCCCCUGUGCCACACAAAGAAUGGCAGCCUGCCCUGGGCUGACGGCACGCCAUGCGGGCCUGGGCACCUCUGCUCAGAAGGCAGCUGUCUACCUGAGGAGGAAGUGGAGAGGCCCAAGCCCGUGGUAGAUGGAGGCUGGGCACCGUGGGGACCCUGGGGAGAAUGUUCUCGGACCUGUGGAGGAGGAGUACAGUUUUCACACCGUGAGUGCAAGGACCCCGAGCCUCAGAAUGGAGGAAGAUACUGCCUGGGUCGGAGAGCCAAGUACCAGUCAUGCCACACGGAGGAAUGCCCCCCUGACGGGAAAAGCUUCAGGGAACAGCAGUGUGAGAAGUAUAAUGCCUACAAUUACACUGACAUGGAUGGGAAUCUCCUGCAGUGGGUCCCCAAGUACGCUGGGGUGUCCCCCCGGGACCGCUGCAAGUUGUUCUGCCGAGCCCGGGGGAGGAGUGAGUUCAAAGUGUUCGAGGCCAAGGUGAUUGAUGGCACCCUGUGUGGGCCGGAGACACUGGCCAUCUGUGUCCGUGGCCAGUGUGUCAAGGCCGGCUGUGACCAUGUGGUGGACUCGCCUCGGAAGCUGGACAAAUGCGGGGUGUGUGGGGGCAAAGGCAACUCCUGCAGGAAGGUCUCCGGGUCCCUCACCCCCACCAGUUAUGGCUACAAUGACAUUGUCACCAUCCCAGCUGGUGCCACUAAUAUUGACGUGAAGCAGCGGAGCCACCCAGGUGUGCAGAACGAUGGGAACUACCUGGCGCUGAAGACAGCUGACGGGCAGUACCUGCUCAACGGCAACCUGGCCAUCUCUGCCAUAGAGCAGGACAUCUUGGUGAAGGGGACCAUCCUGAAGUACAGCGGCUCCAUCGCCACCCUGGAGCGCCUGCAGAGCUUCCGGCCCUUGCCAGAGCCUCUGACAGUGCAGCUCCUGACAGUCCCUGGCGAGGUCUUCCCCCCGAAAGUCAAAUACACCUUCUUUGUUCCUAAUGACGUGGACUUCAGCAUGCAGAGCAGCAAAGAGAGAGCAACCACCAACAUCAUCCAGCCACUGCUCCACGUACAGUGGGUGCUGGGGGACUGGUCUGAGUGCUCCAGCACCUGCGGGCCCGGCUGGCAGCGGCGAACUGUAGAGUGCAGGGACCCCUCCGGCCAGGCCUCUGCCACCUGCAACAAGGCUCUGAAACCUGAGGAUGCCAAGCCCUGUGAAAGCCAGCUGUGCCCCCUGUGAUUCGGGGGGAAAGGGUCAGUCUCAUGCUCCUGGACGUGGGGUACUGAGGUGCAGACAAGGGUCUCCACUGUGGUGACUCUAUAUAUCAAGGCAGCAUGGCCCACCCAGGCCUCCCAUUGCCGCAACCCCUCCAGUACUGCACGAAUUCCUAAGGGGGAAGAGGAGAGGGGAUGGGGUGACAGAUCCUAUCAUCAACUGUCCAGUGGACUGGACCUUGCUCGGGUUCAAGUAGAGGGCAUAGGUUAAAAGGUAAAAGUGCACUUAUUGACUCAGACAGGACACUCAGCGUCAGUCUGUUUGCAAAGGACUAGCAAAGUUAAAUGAAAAAAAAAAAAUUCUAUCUGGUUUCCCCGAUAAAUAAUCUACCUCAGAGGGGAAAACAUUAGUACAGGAGAGGCGUGGGGCAGGGAGUCAAUGGUGAAUGUCAAAGCAGGCUCCAAAGCUGCACCCCAAGCUGUCUUCAAGAAUGACCACGACUGUCUUCAGUGUUAAAAUCCAUCACCUAAAGGGCCGCAGCAUCACAGGGUUGUGGAGAGCCACAUGUUCUCAGGCUGCCACCUGCAGGGGUGGAUCCAUUUCAAGUAUUUAUGCAAAUGUGUCUCUGCACUAAAGUGUGAUCUUAUGCCAA